UUUUUUUUGAUGUAACCAAAACUGUCUGUACUCGAAAGCAAAGGCCCCUCUCUCUCCUCUCUCUCGGUCCUCCCCUCGCCUCCAUCUUAAAUCAUACUACUAUUCAAGAACCCCAACCGAAGCUUCUGAAAUCAUCGUAUUUCGUUACCCCAAGUUGAUUCUUCAACAGUUCCAUCGCGCGUUGAAAUUCCUCGACGGAGCAAUCCAAUUCCUUUCUAGGGCUUUGAUCUCUCGAAUACCUUAAACCUAAUCUGUACACAGGCGGAUUCGUUUCCGUCGUGCGCUAAAGCGGGGGCGUCAUGGAUUCGAGCAGGAGAGCCGUCGAAUCGUACUGGCGAUCGAGGAUGAUCGACGGCGCCACGUCGGACGAGGACAAAGUCACGCCCGUGUACAAAUUGGAGGAGAUUUGCGACCUCCUUCGGACCUCGCAUGUCAGUAUCGUUAAAGAAGUCUCGGAAUUUGUGUUGAAACGGCUCGACCAUAAGAGCCCUAUCGUCAAACAAAAGGCUUUGAGGCUGAUUAAGUAUGCAGUAGGGAAGUCUGGCGUGGAGUUCAGAAGGGAAAUGCAAAGAAACUCAGCAGCUGUGCGCCAGUUAUUCCACUACAAGGGCCAGGUGGAUCCUCUGAAGGGAGAUGCGCUUAACAAGGCUGUGCGGGACAUGGCCCAUGAAGCUAUAUCUGCUAUAUUUUCUGCAGAUGACAAUAAGGCCCAGUCAGCACCUACAGAGGAUCUUAACAAACGAAUACAAGGUUUUGGGAACACAAAUUUUGAAAUACCAUCAGAAGAUAAGAAAUCUUUCCUAAGUGAGGUGGUUGGUAUCGGAAGCGCUACUCUAAAGCAGGGAUUGAGUACAUUAACGCAAGCCCAAUCUUCUAGGAAGAAUGACACUGGAAGUUACAAGAGCCCUCAUCUUCGGAGGUCAUUGACUACAGAAAUUGAAUACCCUGAUAGAUUUGAUCGUGCUGAACAUCACAGUGAAGCACAGAGUGCGUCGCAGCUGUCAAAGAGCAGUGGACCUUGGGGUCAGGAUUUGAGGUCUAACCAGGCAGAAACAACUAAUGGGGAUGCAAAUUCAAGUCAUGCCGAGGAUAAGACUCGCGAGAUGAGGUUGUUGGAGACGAUUGUAACAUCUGGUGGUGUUCGUCUGCAACCCACUAGAGAUGCACUGCAGGUUUUCCUUGUGGAGGCGUCAAAGUUGGAUGCAUUGGCAUUAAGUCAUGCCCUUGAAUCAAAACUCCUCUCUCCAAUGUGGCAGGUCCGUAUGAAAGCCGUCUGUGUUCUUGAGGCAAUAUUGAGGAAGAAAGACGACGAAAAUUUUCCUAUUGUGGUGUCUUAUUUUAGUGACAAUACAGAUAUUCUUAUCAGUUGUUCAGAGUCUCCACAGGCUUCUUUAAGGGAGAAGUCAAACAAGGUGUUAAGCCUUCUGAAUGUAGAACAGAAAGGCAGCGCAAUAAGUCAUCCAGAAAAGCCAAUAAAGGCUGAUACUACCUUUCAGAUGCCUGACUUAAUCGACACCAGUGGUCCUGGUGACGCUCUUAGUGCAGAAGAUUUUCUAGAAAUGCAGAACGAUCAACACAUUCCGAACCCAAAGACUUCAGUUCCCGCUAUAUUUGAUGAUUUGUUUGGGGAUAAUACAGGCUCUGGUGCAAGUGCCAGUGAACAUAAAACCGAUGAUGAUCCAUUUGCUGAUGUCUCGUUUCACGCCAAUGAGAAUAGAGAAAAUGUGGCUGAUAUUUUUUCUGGAAUGAAUGUUGAUAAACCAGGAGCAAAUGAGGUCCAUAUUGCAGCAAAUAGUAAUACAUUUGAACAACCAUUUGAUAUCUUUGGGCCCAUUUCUGAAAUUCCAAAGCAGGAGGAAAAUCAUAAGAAAGAUGCUCACGAUUUAAUGGCUGGUUUGUCAAUCAAUGAACAUACCUCAACAACGGAGCAGAAAGGAACCUCCCUUGGAGCACUCCCUGAAACAGUCUUCUCAAAUUCCACUAUGAAUCCCAGCCAACUGGCUUCUAACAAUGUUUUGAGCGGAAUACUUGGCCCUCAAGCAGCAGGAGUUAAUCCGAAUCCUAUGUUUCCUUUGGGUCCUAUGGCAUAUAAUAUGCCACCUGGGUUAAUGUUCAAUCCUGCUUUUCCUUCUCAGCCUGUGAAUUAUGGUGCCAUGGGCAGUUUGUUUACCCAGCAGCAGUUCUUAGCUGCGAUGUCCAAUUUCCAACAGUUUGGGAACCUGCAAUCGCAAAAUGCUGGUGUCAGCCAUCUUGUUGGAACUAACGGAGGGGCAUAUGAUUCAGCUCUUCCUGAUAUUUUCAAUCCAAGUAUUCCAACUCCAACUCCUAGUUCAAUGAUGAAUGGUUCCAAGAAAGAGGAUACCAAAGCAUUUGAUUUUAUCUCGGAUCAUUUGGCAGCAGCUCGUGAUCCAAAAAGGGUGAUCUGAAUCUAGGUGUUCAUGUUCGACUGCAGAGGGUCUCCUUUUGAGUACAGUACCGGCUUAACUAUCUUUGUAGCAGGUCUUUUAUGUUUGAAUACAAUACAGGUCUUUCCUGCAUAUUCUUUUGCAAUAAUGUCCAGCACCGAUCUCAAAGAAAGGAGUUCCCUUCAAAUUUGUGUUGGACUUGAUGAGCUUGGAGGACUAUCCCCGCAUUGGACAUGAGUGGAAAAGCUCUAUGGGACAUCCUUCCAGGAUUGUUCUUGUGCGGUAAAUGAUAGUGUCAAUUUUUUACAGACGUCACACCUUACUGAAGGCAUUGGAAAGUAUUUGGGUUAUAUAGUUGCGUCAAUUUUUGGAUUUUGGAAUCAUGGACAGACGAAGUUUCGCUCCCCGUUGAAUGAAUUUCCAGUGUCCAGAAAAAUGGAAAAGAACAAGGAACCGAAUUUGUAGGGUUUCCCAUUUUGUUUUCUGUUUCUUGGGGUUUGAAGUUACAUUCAUGCUCCUUUGCAUUUGAAUUUGUUGUGGCACGUGCAGUGUAUGUAUCUCUUCAGCUGUGUGAAUAAGAUGUAGCUGUGGGAAUAGUCUCUCUCUCGGACAAGCAAUGUUUUUCUCUCUUUUACGUAUGUUUUUGCCGAUAAAGAGUAUAUGAGUAUUUCAUUUUGUUUCAA